AGGGUUGAUCCCGCGUAGUUAGAAACGGCUGGUCUGUUCACUUCGAUCUUUACAUCGCUCGCAGUAUUAUUCUCCGGACCAGACACCUUCGCCGAGUGCGUCGCGGAAAGGGAGCCAGAGUUCCGUGUAUAAUUUUCACGUCCUAAGGAUGAGGGCACACCCGACGUUCUUGUUAUGCGUGCUGAGCUCAUUGUCGCUCGUUCAGGCCGGCACGUAUCACUACUAUGACCAACCCGUGAAGAGAGGGUUGUUGGACCAGCUGCUCGGCGGUCUGGGUGUUGGCGGUGGCGACAACAACGGCAAUGGACAAGCGAAGAAGGGCAAAGGACAAAAUGGUGCCGUCACCAUCACCGAGACACUAAAGCAGACGAUCACUGUGGGAGCCGGAGCGCUCGCUGGAGUUAAUGGCACGGCGGCGGCAGCUACGAAGACCGUAACUGUGACCAAGACCGAGAAAGUUGCCGGCGCUGCUGCUGGCACUAAUGCACGAGCCCAGCUAUCCUUCGUAACCACGACCGUCAAAGGGACAGGCAAGGCGGCAACCGUAACGAUGACAGCCCUCGCCUCGACCGUGACUCAGGUCUCGACGAUCAUGCAAGUGUCUACCGUAACCAUGAUCCAGAUGAUUGCCUGCGGUACGACCGCCGCCGCCGUCCCUGCCUCUCAGGCCUCACUUGUCGCGUCCAGCGCCGCCGCUGUUGCCUCCUCUAAAGCAGCUGCCGCCUCGUCAGCUGCCCAGGUAGCAACUUCCGCCGCACAGGUAGCGACCUCAUCUGCCGCUGUGGCAAGUACGAGCGCCGCAGCCAAGGCUUCUUCUUCAUCAGCAGUAGUAGUCGCCCCUAGUUCAUCCGUCGCCGCGACUUCCUCCGUUGCCGCAACCUCCGCUGCUGCUUCAUCCGCUGCCACAUCCGCCGCUACAUCCGCCGCUACAUCUGCUGCCGCCGUCGUAUCCUCUUCAACCAGCAGCACCACCGCAGCCGCAGCAACCACAAGCGCUGCAUCUUCGCUCCAACUCCCCGAAGUCGCCUCCACGUCCACCUCCGCGACCCAAGCCGCCGCCAUCACCACGCCCCUCGCAGCGCAGUCCUCGCUCUCGUUACCGGUCGAAACACCGCCCGUAGCCAACAACGCCGGAGGCGCACCCGCACCCGCGAUUACCGCCGCGACUACGUUUUCCGGAGCGAACGCAGGACCCUCGAUUGAUUUGAGCGGAAUCCCAUUGACGAAUGUCCUGACUCUUGGACUUCUCGGUUAAGCGCCCGAGCAUAAUCUAGGGGUAAUUUGAAAACAGGAUGUGUAAGGAGGCUAGGACUGUGCGAGUAUAGGCCCGGCGAGGCGGAGCGGUAUAGACAGGAGAUUGGGAAGAGAGGAAAUACCCCGUGUUGAUCGAUAGUCGAAGUCCCCGGACUUUGGUUUUCGAGCUGUAAAAUUAAU